AAUCACAAUAAACAAAUAACUGAACCUUGGCAGUAAAAGUCCUUGAGAUUAUUUUGACUGCCACCUAUGUUGAACAAUAAAAAUUGAAUGUAUCCCAAAAUAAAAGAUCUGUAUAUGCAGAAAGAAACACAAUGUACUGCUGAGCAGCUGCUUCCCAGCCCUGUGAGCCUUCCCAGCCGAGGUGCCUGCCCUUGGCAUGCCGUGGUGGCUGUGAGCUGGGAGCAGGGCUGUCCCUGCAGUGUCCCCGCGGGCUGGCUUGCCUCAGGCUGUGGCUCAGCUCUGCUCUGUGCCCGCAGGCUCCUGGGUGGAGCUGCACUUCAGCAGCAGCGGCAGCAAUGGCAGCUCUGUGUCCGGGGGCAGCCAGGAGCAGGUGCCAGCCUCGCUGUCCAUCCACAACGGGGACAUGGAGAAGAUCCUGCUGGACGCCCAGCACGAGUCGGGCAGGAGCAGCUCCAGGGAGAGCUCCCACUGUGACAGCCCUCCUCGCUCGCAGACCCCCCAGGACAGCCACAGAGCUCUGGAGAUAGAGAGCCACAGCAGCGGGGAGAAGAACAGCUUCCAGUCUGAGGAGGAUUUCCUGGAGAGGAGGAGGGAGGUGGAGCGGCUGCUGAGGAAGAACGCGGAUUGGAUCUGGGACUGGUCCAGCCGGCCCGAGAACAUCCCGCCCAAGGAAUUCCUCUUCAAGCACCCCCGGCGCACAGCCACGCUCAGCAUGAGGAACACCAGUGUCAUGAAGAAAGGGGGGAUAUUCUCUGCAGAAUUCCUGAAGGUUUUCCUCCCAUCCCUGCUGCUCUCUCACCUGCUGGCCAUUGGACUGGGGAUUUACAUCGGGAGGCGCCUGACCACCACGGCUUCCAGCAGCACCUUUUAGAGGCACCGGGUCUGGAGCUGGAGCAAAGCAGCCGCAGCUGGAGCGCAGGAGGUGCACAGGAGGGGGAGCUGGUCGUGGCCGUCGUGUGUGUGUCCUGUCCUGUCCUGUUCUAGUUUAGUCUAAACAUGGGAAGGGAGACGCUGGAGCUCCCGUGUCACAUAGAGCCUUCUGGAUCAAUCCCUGCUGGAUCAACCCCAUGAGCACGUGGCAGAUGCUGUAAUGUCCCUUAGUGCUUUGUAGUGAAGUACCUGAGAAUUAGAGCAGCUCCGUGUUUAAAUCAGUGCCAGCUUUCAGCAGCCCGUGUGCUGGGCCGUGUCCAUCCGCCCGCUCCUGUGCCUGUGGAAGGAGGGAAUGUUGUCCCUGCUGCUGCAGCCCCCACGGGCAGGGAUGAGCCCAGACUGCGAGUGGCCUUACAGAUCGAUCCGGGAAUCCCGGGGCUCUCACUGCCCCGGGCAGCUUUUCCUCUGGUACGUGUUGCUUGGUUCACUUCGGUGGGAGGUGUAAGGUGUUGAGACACAGUGGGAAGAGAUGAGCACGUGGGUGAAACUCCAUCAGUUUGUCCUAGUUCAGAGGUAGAAUUUGGAUUUAGUGCCUACUAAAAGCUGCUUUUGCCAGGACAUUCAUUUAACCCCAGCAGUUACUCCAGGUUCUCUGCUGUACCUACCGCAGGCUGUCGCUUACAGGCUUUUCCUGUCCCACGUAAAUCUGCACCUGACCCCAGCCCUGGGCAGAUGAACCCCGGGGUGGCUUCUCCUUGGUUUUUACUGAUGCAAUGCAUUUCCCUUCAGUGAUUUUACCUUAUUUAAUGAGAAAAUGAAUGUUUGCCAAAAUACUAUGUUUUAUAUAUUUAAAUAAAAAGGUUCCUGGUGAA